UCGCCACAACCUGCGAGCCCCAGACCUCGGAGGAGCGCCCCGGGGAGCUCGGAGCGCGUGCACGCGUGGAAGACGGAGCAGGCCAGUGGCCAGCAGCUUGGAUACACCGGGCCCUGAAAGUUUUGAGCAGCCUUUUGCAGCGGUGAAGAUGAGAAAAAAGUGGAAAAUGGGAGGCAUGAAAUACAUCUUCUCCUUGUUGCUGUUCGUUCUUUUCCUAGAAGGAAGCAAAACAGAACAAGUAAAACAUUCAGAGACAUACUGUGUGUUUCAAGACAAGAAGUACAGAGUGGGCGAGAGAUGGCAUCCUUACCUGGAACCUUAUGGGUUGGUUUACUGUGUCAACUGCAUCUGCUCAGAGAAUGGGAAUGUGCUCUGCAGCCGAGUCAGAUGUCCAAGCCUCCAUUGCCUGUCCCCUGUGCAUAUUCCUCAUCUGUGCUGCCCACGCUGCCCAGAAGACUCCCUACCCCCGGCAAACAAUAAGGUGACCAGCAAGUCGUGUGAGUACAACGGGACCACUUACCAACACGGUGAGCUGUUCGUGGCUGAAGGGCUCUUUCAGAACCGGCAACCCAAUCAGUGCACCCAGUGCAGCUGUUCGGAGGGGAAUGUGUACUGCGGUCUCAAGACGUGCCCCAAGUUAACCUGUGCGUUCCCAGUCUCUGUUCCGGAUUCCUGUUGCCGGGUGUGCAGAGGGGAUGGAGAAUUGUCGUGGGAACAUUCUGAUGGUGAUAUCUUCCGGCAACCUGCCAACAGAGAAGCAAGACAUUCCUACCACCGCUCUCAUUACGACCCUCCACCAAGCCGACAGGCUGGAGGUCUGCCCCGCUUUCCUGGGGCCAGAAGCCACCGAGGAGCUCUUAUGGAUUCCCAGCAAGCAUCGGGCACCAUUGUGCAGAUUGUCAUCAACAACAAACACAAGCACGGACAAGUCUGUGUUUCCAAUGGAAAGACCUACUCCCAUGGCGAGUCCUGGCACCCAAACCUCCGGGCAUUUGGCAUUGUGGAGUGUGUGCUGUGCACUUGUAAUGUCACCAAGCAAGAGUGUAAGAAAAUCCACUGCCCCAAUCGAUACCCCUGCAAGUAUCCUCAAAAAAUAGAUGGGAAGUGCUGCAAGGUGUGUCCAGGUAAAAAGGCAAAAGAAGAACUUCCAGGCCAAAACUUUGACAGCAAGGGCUACUUUUGUGGAGAAGAAACAAUGCCCGUGUAUGAGUCUGUGUUCAUGGAGGAUGGGGAGACCACCAGAAAAAUAGCCCUGGAGACAGAGAGACCACCUCAGGUAGAGGUCCACGUUUGGACCAUACGAAAGGGCAUUCUCCAGCACUUCCAUAUUGAGAAGAUCUCCAAAAGGAUGUUUGAGGAACUCCAUCACUUCAAGCUGGUGACCAGGACGACCCUGAGCCAGUGGAAGAUAUUCACCGAAGGAGAAGCUCAGAUCAGCCAGAUGUGUUCAAGUCGUGUGUGCAGAACAGAGCUUGAAGAUUUGGUCAAGGUUUUGUACCUGGAGAGGUCUGAAAAGGGCCACUGUUAGAGAAGACAGACAGUAUUGGAGAGGGUAAAGCAAGAAAACUCAAGCUGCAGCUGGACUGCGGGCUGAUUUUGCUUAAGUCAACAGUACCCUAAAACCCCAAACUCAAAUGCAGUUCAUUAUUCACGCCAUGCACAGCAUAACUUGCUCCUUUAUGUGGAGUGGUGUGUCAGUCCUUAAACACCUCCUGCAAAGGGACUAGAAGAGUCUUGAAUUAUUUGUGGGAGGAGGAGGGCUAGAACACCACAACACUGCUCUAGUUUCUGGGAGAAUCACAUUUCUUCACAGGUUAAAGAGUAAACAAAACCCUAGGGUUUCUAUCUAGAAAGUUACUCCAAUGAAAGGAAACAGAUGAGAAUUUGCUUAGUAGGAGUUGUGUAGUACGGAGAAAAUAUGUGUAUGAAAUUAUACUCUUUGAAUUUUAGGAUGUCUUGUGUUUUUAAGAAAAUAUUAACUCCCCAUCCUCAUCCACACACACACACACGCCUGUGUGCAAGCAUGCACGUGUACGUGCGCACGCACGCACGUGCGCGCACACACACACACACACAC